CUACUCGCGUCCACUGUCAUCCACGCUGGCCUGUCCUGCAACCCCCGCCACCGACGCCAAUGCGCAGAACGUCCCCGCGAUGGCAAGAGCCAAGCACCGCCGUGCUUGCAUCCCUACAAGCGUACUUUGGUUCAACGCUUCUUUGACUGGCAAGAGCGGCCUAGUCGCGUGCGUCAGCCACUCAUGUCUGCGCGCGAGCGUAUCAGCCCGCUGCCUUUGAGCCCCGGCCGCCCACCGUGAAGGAUGCGCGCCGGCUGCGAGCCAAGCAGUCACUCACUACCUGUGCCCCGUGCACCAUCCAGAGGGGACCGCUACUUGGUAGGUCGCGCCGCGAGCCCAGUCGACUGUUUGCGGAACAGGCUAGAGAAAUCGCAGCGCUGCCCCCUCUGCUGAUCCCCGUUGCACAUUAAAGAGCGCGCCUGCCCGGCCUCCACCUUGCUCUUGCUCCUUACUCUGCUCUUCCUUCUUUCGCAGAUCGCCCAUCAUGGACCACGAGAAGGUCGCUCCCAUCGACGAGAAGGUGCCUCAUGGCGUUACUCAACCCACCGUCUCCUCCCAGGAGGAGUACACUGGUGAAUGGCGUGAGCAGGAGGACUUCAUGACCCGUAACGGUCUCAACUUGAAGUCCUUCCAGCGUCGUCCCAAAGGUGGUCCAUUGACUGUUCUCGACAAGUCUAUGAAGACGCGCCACCUUCACAUGAUCGCCAUCGGUGGCUCCAUCGGUGCUGGUUUCUUCGUCGGUUCUGGUGCUGCUCUUGCUAAGGGUGGUCCUGCCUCGCUCUUCUUGGAUUUCUCCAUCAUGGGUAUAAUGAUCUUCAACGUUGUUUACGCUCUUGGUGAACUCGCUGUCAUGUACCCGGUUUCUGGUGGUUUCUACACCUACUCGACUCGCUUCAUCGAUCCUUCCUGGGGUUUCGCCAUGGGUUGGAACUACGUCUUCCAAUGGGCUAUCGUCCUGCCGCUCGAAAUCAACGUCGCUGCUCUCACUCUCAACUACUGGCCAGGCGCUGAAAAAGUUCACGUUGGCGUUUGGAUGCUCAUAUUCUGGCUCUUCAUCGUUAUCAUCAACGUCUUCGGAACUCUUGGAUACGCUGAGGAGGAGUUUUGGUCUUCUUGCCUCAAGCUGUCCGCCACCGUUAUUUUCAUGAUCAUCGCCUUGGUCUUCGUCCUUGGUGGAGGGCCUGACAACGGGCUCUACAACGAGUACUGGGGAGCCCGUCUUUGGUACGACCCCGGUGCGUUCCGAAACGGCUUCAAGGGCUUCUGCUCCGUCUUCGUCACCGCUGCCUUCGCCUUUUCUGGAACCGAGCUGGUUGGUCUUGCGGCUGCUGAGACCAAGAACCCUCUCAAGUCCCUUCCCGGAGCCGUCCGUCAGGUCUUCUGGCGUAUCACCCUCUUCUACGUCGUAGGUCUCACCUUUGUUGGUCUGCUCGUCCGCUCUGACAACCCUGACCUUCUCGGUGAAUCUGGCGCCAACGCUUCGCCCUUCGUCAUUGCGUCUCGCGACGGUGGUCUCAAGGGCUUUGACAGCUUCAUGAACGUCGUCAUCCUCGUUUCGGUCAUCUCCAUCGGUGUUUCUGGUGUGUACGGUGGUUCUCGUACGCUCACUGCGCUCUCAGAGCAAGGAUACGCCCCCAAGAUCUUUAGCUACAUGGACCGUUCUGGUCGUCCCCUGUGGUCCGUCGUCUUCAUCCUUGCGUGGGGUGUCUUGGCCUACAUCAACCUGGCCUCAACAGGUGUGAUUGUCUUCAACUGGCUACUGUCGCUGUCUGGUCUUGCCGCGCUGUUCACCUGGGGCUCGAUUUGCCUUUCUCACAUCCGCUUCCGUAAGGCUUGGGCUUACCAUGGCCACACCGUCGACGAGAUCCCAUUCAAGGCUGCUGGCGGUGUCUACGGAUCCUGGCUCGGUCUCUUCAUCAUCUUCAUCGUUCUUGUCGCCCAGUUUUACACCGCCGUCUCACCCAUUGGCAAGAGCGUCGGUACUGCUGAGGACUUCUUCUCUUCGUACCUUGCUUUGUUCGUUGUUGCGGUCUUCUGGGCGGGCGGCUACUUCUGGAAGCGCACCGGCUGGCUCAGGACUGCUCAGAUGGAUGUUGACACCGGUCGCCGUGAGCUCGACUGGGACCUCAUCAACCGCGAGCGCGAGGAGAUCAAGACCUGGCCCGCAUGGAAGCGUCUCGCUCACCGCAUCUUCUAAGUGCUCUCUUGAGCAAUUUAAUUUGCGCUGCUGCGCUUUCGUCGUUGUUCUGGUGGGAGAUGUCGCAAUGUGUGACGCAGAGACGAUACCUAGUAACUAUGUGUGUAAUACAUUCGCUCGAACGAAUGAAAAGUGCAUUUGAA